AAAUCCCACCGUCCCCAGCCACUACCCCAUUCCCAAUCCCUUCUUAUAAAACCCAUCCUAAUCAAUCCUUUUUCCCAAAAUUCAUCUCCCUCUUCUAUGUCUCAAAGGCUCAGCGUUCCUCACUCCUCUUCAAUAGCCUUUUCUCUCCAUUCCCAUCUCCUGGUUUCCAGUGAGAUGACCCCCAAUUCCAACUGGUCUUAAAAACAAUUUUUUCGUUUUCACUAAUUUUUUUUUUUCUAAAAAAAAAAAAUUGGGAAAAAUAGCUAAAAAAAAAAAAUAUUAAUUUAAUUUACCUGAAAAAAUUUUGAACGGCGAUGGGUGUCAAGGGUUUCGUCGAGGGCGGCAUCGCAUCCAUCGUCGCCGGCUGCUCCACCCACCCGCUGGAUCUCAUCAAGGUCCGCAUGCAGCUUCAGGGCGAGUCCCUCGCCGCCGGCGCCGGUGCUGGUGCUGGUCUUCGACCGGCACUGGCUUUCCAACCAUCGGGAUCCGUGACGGUUCCUCUUCACCCACUUCCCCGGCCUGGCUUGAUCUCCGUCGGCGUUCAGAUCCUCAGAUCUGAAGGCCCUGCGGCUUUGUUCUCCGGCAUCUCCGCCACCGUCCUCCGCCAAACCCUCUACUCCACUACUCGGAUGGGUCUCUACGACAUGAUGAAGAAGAGCUGGUCCGGCGACAACGGGAUCUUGCCAUUGCACCGUAAGAUCGCUGCCGGACUCAUCGCCGGCGGGAUCGGCGCAGCCGUCGGCAAUCCGGCUGAUGUCGCCAUGGUACGGAUGCAAGCCGAUGGUCGCCUCCCCGUCGCGCAGCGCCGGAACUACAAGAGCGUCGUGGACGCGAUCUCGCGAAUGGUGAGAGAGGAGGGCGUGACAAGCCUAUGGCGUGGAUCGUCGCUGACGGUGAACAGGGCGAUGAUCGUCACCGCGUCGCAGCUGGCGACGUACGAUCAGGCGAAGGAAGCGAUCUUGCGCCGCCGCGGCGCGGGGGCGGACGGGAUGGGGACGCACGUUGCCGCGAGCUUCGCGGCGGGGAUUGUGGCGGCGGUGGCAUCGAAUCCGGUGGAUGUGGUGAAGACGAGGGUGAUGAACAUGAGGGUUGGGGUAGGGGAGGUGGCGCCGUACGCCGGAGCAGUGGAUUGCGCGGUGAAGACGGUGAGGGCGGAGGGGGUGAUGGCGUUGUAUAAGGGUUUCAUUCCGACGGUUUCGAGGCAGGGGCCGUUCACGGUGGUGCUUUUCGUCACGUUGGAGCAGGUGCGUGCAUUGCUCAAGGACUUCUGAUCUUGAGAUGAUCAACGGUCAUGAUGUUGCCGAUAAAAAAAUAUUAUUAUUAUUAUUA